ACAACGUCGACCUACUCCCAAUGAUCAACGAAAGCUAGUAGUAGAGAAACAGGGAGGUAUCUCAAACUGUAACAAUCGAUCGCGAGGACCUCGCCGGCCUGGAUCUUUCGGCACGUAACGACCCCGACGACCUGCACGAACGCCCUCCACUUUCCGAGCUCUCUCUAUCGAGGAGCAGCUUCUUGUGAUCGCUACACCCAAUUGAACUCCUUCAGCUCGACUGCAGGCUACAGGACCGAUUCAUCGAGGUUUCCACUCCAAGAUGCCUCGACCGAACCUCUCCAGGCCUGACGAUAGGACCAUGUCUUACCUAAUUCCGCCUCCCACACCGAGGCCUGGUCUGAGGCAGAACGACGAGGAGGAGCGGAUGCCGCUGUUGAUGCCAUCAUCAGAUACCUUGGCCAACACACAAGUCUACGCCUUGAUACAUCUCAUUCGUGUGGAUGUUACUAGCCAUAUCGAUACUCCGUUGACUACCGAUCAAUUGCUCGCACCCGAUUCGACCUAUACUAUCGUCAGACCUCUGACGGAGAAAUACGCCUCGAUGGAGAACCACGCCAUCAUCUUCUGUCUACUUCUCAAUCGAGUACAGUUUCUCAAAGAUGCGACUCAGCUGUCCAUCAACACUCUGUCGAUGACGAGAGCGUCUUUAUGCGAGAUUCUUGCAAUCCGGGUCCUUCGCGGUUGGUCAGAACGUACACUAGCGUUGUCCAACCUCCUCCUCAUCCCCUGGGCACUCUUCCAAGGAGCUUCCCCGGCGGUCAUCGAACGGGCCAAGGAGGAAGGAGAUGACGACGAGGACUUGGCGGAGAGCGCGGGAAACGCUUUGGAAAUGGCCAUCUUGGGGAACGCGAAGAGGUUCAUCCGGAGUCCUAGUGCCCAAAAGGUUAUUGAGGGAAUAUGGAGCGGAAAGGUUAUCUACCAUGCCGUCAGCCAGCAUGCGAUGAUCUCAGAUAACUACAAGAAGAAACCUAUCCGGAUAUACAACCCUCACAAAGCGCCUCUCCUGGAUCAUUAUCGCCUGAAAGUGCCCAAAGUACGGGCCAUCCUGGAAUACACCAACUUUAUCAUCCUCUUCGUCCUCUACGUACAAGCACUGGAAGGUCUCAAUAAGAAAAAGGUGAACGUGCGGGAAUCGUUAUUCAUCGUAUAUGCGUUAGGGUUCACUUUGGACAAGCUUGCCGCGAUGCGGGAACAUGGUUUGAGAGUAUUCGCGGCCAAUCUCUGGAACGGAUUCGAUCUCGCCUUCAUCCUCAUCUACAUGGUAUAUCUUGUACUGAGGAUGUACGGUCUCAAACAUGGGGAAGAAUGGGCAAGAGAACUCAGUACUGAUUUCCUAGCGAUGGGUGCCGUCGGGAUGUUCCCUAGACUGGCUUUCGUAACGUUGAGCAAUAAUCUCAUGAUUCUGAGUCUAAGGAGCAUGAUGAGCGAGUUCUUCAUCUUGAUGAGUAUCGCGACCUUUUGUUUCUUGGGGUUCUCCUAUGCUCUGUGGACCCUGGGCGGUGGCGAAUACUCUUGGUCCCAGAUCGGAUGGUACUUGUUGGAGGUCUACUUCGGUCUGGAUGCCACCGGAUUUCGAUCAGCGUACAAGUUCCACCGUAUCCUGGGACCUAUUCUCAUGGUCUCCUUCGCCUGUCUCGCAAAUACAUUAUUGUUGACCGUCUUGGUGGCGAUCUUGAGUAACACCUUCGCGCACAUCAACGCAGAUGCUGCAGCAGAGUCCAUGUUCCGCCGAGCAGUGUCGACCUUGGAAUACGUCAAAGCAGAUUCCGUGUUCAGCUAUCAGUUACCGUUCAACCUGCUCGCAGUGAUUAUUAUGUUUCCCUUAUCCUUCAUCUUGACCCCUCGCUGGUUUCACAAGGUCAACGUGUUCAUGAUUCGGGCUACAUCAUUCCCGAUCUUACUCGCCAUCGCCGUUUACGAACGCCAGAAAUACCAUCCCGUACCUCUUGAUGAACGGAUCGAAAGAUGGUUUGACCGAAACGUGGGAACCUGGCCGAGAAGGUUGUGGAAUGGAGUGGUGGAUACGACCGGACUUGACAGUUUCGCUGGAGCUGGCCGUGAUAUCGAUAUCGUUUUCGAGAUUGAGAAGGAGAUCGGCGACUUUUAUCGAGGUUGGGAUGAUGAAGGCGCCCUAGAGGAAGAAGAGGAGUCAACCAGCGACGCGGACGAUGACAAGCGGCCCAGCGCAACCUCAACAACCUUGGAGCCGGCAGCGGCCUCAGCGACAACGGGAGACACCUCCCUAGUACCGUUUCCCAGGCUGUCUCCAGAAGCUAUGCCCCGAUCGGCGACCAUACCAGUUAGUAUGGGCGCUUCACCUAGCGGGACGGACGCAAUGAAAAAGCGGAGAGGCUCUCUGCCCAAUACCGAUCGAGCCAUCGACAUCUCCGCCCUCGCAUCCGGCUUAUCACCAAGGAAGCGCAGAGGGAGCAUCAUGGAGCCUAGCCCGUUAGCACGGCUAUUCGUGAGAUCGCCACCGCCCGAGCCACACCUUCCUAGGGUCCUUGGGCAUCGCUCGGCAAUGUCGGCAUCGUUGGGUCAAACCGGAACCCAGUUUCUCGCCAAUCCGCCCAUCAUUGCUGGCGAUCAUUACAGGCAUAAAUCCCUGUCAGGCAUGCCCAGUGCUCCAGCACCUUUGCAGACGAUUCCCUCAGGCAAGCGAGUUUCCUUCUCUCCCGUCAACUCUCGUACUAUGCCGGACAAGGACCAGAUCGCUACUGCAAGCGCUCUUGAAGAGGACCUAAUCACCAGGGAAGCGCGCCCGGACAUACACGCGAUGCAGGACAAAUUGAACAGUAUCGAACAGCAACAAAAGCAGAUAACUAAGAUGCUUCAGCGACUGCUGGCUACUAGUAGCUCUGCGGCUGCUGAGGGGCGGCGUAAUUCGAACUUGUCCAUAGACGAUGAUUGAGCGGAUGAUUCGGUUAUAUCUGGUUUCCAAAAAGUGUAUGAGUACAGCACCAUGUAGCGAUCAAUCAUGUAGCCAUUAUUAGUCAGAUGUAUAGGAAUUGGGCGGGUGCUUCUCCUCCUUGCGGUAGGCUGAAGAGCUCGUACAAGAACAGAGCUAUUCGUUCUGUUGACCCAUUCGGAGACACAAGUAAGCUAUG